GAAUUUUUGGUUACUAGGAGUUGUAAUUACUUCAAUGUCUGGAGGCCCAAGGGUUAAAUCGACAAACAAUGUUGACUCCGAAGUCCGAUCAGUACUCGGCCCGGCUGGUAACAAAGCCAGAUCCAUUGAAUUACGAAAGCCCAUUGAGAAGCCCGUUAAGACUACUAACAACAAAACACCUGAAAGUGAAGAGUCUAAGGGUAAGAAAUUCCAGGGAACUGAUCCGUUGUCAAAAGCUGGUUCUAAGAAAAGUGGAGCUGUGCCUUCUAUUUUGAGACAACAACAAGACCAUAGGACUAUGAUGAUGAGGCCUAAUUUGUCGCUAAAUGCGUCGUGUUCAUCUGAUGCUUCGACGGAUUCUUCGCAUAGUCGAGCAUCGACGGGGAGAUUGAGCCGUGGUAGUGUGACCCCGACGGGGGGCAGAAGGAAGCAAUGUAGCCCGAAAGUUGUUAAGUCUGAGAAAAUUGGGAAACCUGUUGUUGGUGAAGCUGAGAGUUUGUCUCCUAGUCCUGCUACCGGAGAUGGUUCGGUGAUGAAGAAAAGGUGUGCUUGGGUGACACCAAAUACUGAUCCAGCCUAUGCUGCUUUUCAUGACGAGGAAUGGGGAGUUCCAGUCCAUGAUGACAAGAAGCUCUUUGAACUUCUCAGUCUAUGCACUGCAUUAGCUGAACUCUCAUGGCCAGCAAUUCUCAGUAAAAGACAUACAUUUAGAGAAGUCUUUCAAAAUUUUGACCCAGUUGCAGUCUCAAAACUAAAUGACAAGAAGAUAGCACCACCAGGAAGUCCUGCCAGCUCUCUUUUGUCAGAGGUGAAGUUGCGGGCAAUUAUUGAAAAUGCACGCCAAACCUGUAAGAUAAUCGAUGAACUUGGAUCUUUUGACAAAUACAUAUGGGGUUUUGUGAACAACAACAAACCUAUAGUUAGUCAGUUCCGAUAUGCAAGGCAGGUGCCAAUGAAGACAUCAAAAGCUGAAGGGAUAAGUAAAGACCUAGUUAAAAGAGGAUUCAGAGGAGUUGGACCUACUGUUGUGUACUCGUUCAUGCAAGUAGCUGGAAUCACAAACGACCAUCUCAUCAGUUGCUUCAGAUUUCAUGAUUGUGUAGCUGCAAGUGAUGGAACGGAUAAAGAUGAUGGCCUUGCGGCCAAGACUGAAGUGAAGCAACAACUCAAGGAUGAAACUGAGAUGGGCCUGAUAAGAGCUAUUGACGACUUCAAUUUAUCCUCGUAGUGAAAUGUGUUCAAAGUAGUAGCUCAAUGUAAUUUAUACUCCUAGUAGAUUUGGUGGCUUUGCGCCCUUGGUUGCGAUACAGUUGAAAGGGCGGCAAGUGCUUGUGUACAAAUGACCUUGCUAUUAUUUUUGCCAUUACUGUGUA